AAGAGCCGUACAAAAUAACCGCUCAGUUUGCCUCGAACGAUUCGCCAGUGUUUUGCUGCCAGUUUGCUUGGUUUUAUUUAUAGUUGUCAACAUGCAAUGUUGAAAGAAGUUUCUUGAGACUAAAAGAUGCGUGAUGGCAUCUUCAGAUAAAGACAAGACAAAAGUUGUUGGAGAAAUUCUUGUAGCCUGGAAGAAGUAUACUGCCAACUCAGACGAUGAAAUCAAUUUGUUAGAAGGAGAUGUGGUAGAACUUUUGGACAUAAAUGACCCCAAUCCCUCAAAACGCAUCAAACUUGAUCCAGACCUCGACAGCGUAUCGGGAGAAUUAUUGGAUAAUCCAGCAGCUCACCACAAACUUUCCUUGAAACCCAAGAGGACCCAUACCAGCUCCAGACAUUCCCCUACUAGGUUAAAUAUAAGUCAACGAUGGCUAGUGAGACAAGUUAAUGGAGGCAAGAAACAAGGCUGGGUACCUUGUGGAGUCCUACAAACAGCAGAUGAUCCUACGCUCAGUAAAACAGGUCUACCCGGAGAUGCUGAAUUUAGAAGGCAAGCUGUUGUAAAGGAAUUAAUAGAAACCGAAAUAGAAUUCGUUAGAGACCUAGACUUAGUAGUCCAACGCUACCUUAUUCCAUCUGAGUCAGGGAAAGUCCCGAAGAUCAUUAAAGACAACUUUGAUCUUGUGUUUGGAAACUUCAAAGAGAUCGCAGAGUUUCAUAGAACGGUGUUGGUAGAAGGAGUUAAAUUCAACGCCAAUCAGCCAGUAUUGAUCGGAAAAACUUUUCUAAGGCUGGAGAGAGACUUCGACAAACAUGUUGCUUACUGUAGAGAUGAACCAAUGGCACAGGAAUUCUUGGAGCACUGCGAUGCUGCUUUUGAUUAUUUUAACGAACUAUCGCUACGCUUUGGUGACGACAAGAGUAUCUCCGAACAUUUAAAAUUACCGAUACAGCGCAUUAACGACUAUCAACUUUUACUGAAGGAGUUGGUAAGAUAUACUACAUGCCUUGGCGAGAACUACGUGGAUCUUCAGAAGGCCCUUGAUUUGAUGCUAAGUGUUCCCCAUCGAGCACAAGACGAUAAGUUUAUCUCUAGCAUCGAAGGAUACAAAGGCAGCGUCCAUAAAUUGGGAAGACUUCUAGCCCACGACAGAUUUACUAUCACAUUUGAGGACAUAUCCAAAGAACGCUAUCUCUUUCUAUUCAAGGCACGUAUUUUGGUUUGCAAGGUCAGAAGAAUAUCCGAAGAUAGAUCUAUUUUUCAGCUUAAAGAUUGCAUUAGGUUAACGAAAGUCACUGUUAAAGACCAUCCAGAAGACAAGCACGUAUUUGAACUCAUCGACAACGUUGGAGGACAAGCUAUUAUAUUAAAAGUAUAUCGAGACGUCAAAGAAUAUUGGUUGAAAGAAAUUAGGGAAUUUGCCAAGGAACACGGUGAUAGUGAAGAAACCAGCAGCGACGAUCUAAAAUCUCCACCAGCAGAAAAAUCCGACGAAACCAAACGAAAACCUACAGAAAAACUAUCCCAAAAAGAAUCUGAACUACCAAAACCCAAGAAACUAAAACCAGAACCACCAACUUUAGAGGUAUCAAAGGAAAGUGAGGUAAAACAGGGUUCAACUAAAACAAAAUUAGAAGAGAGUCUAUUGCGUCGUAAACUUUCAAAGGAAUUAGAUCAACCCAAUAAAAAGAACGGCUCUUCAAUCCCUGUACCAAAAUCAAUCAAAGAAAAAAGUACAGUUGAUACUAAAAAAGAAGAACCAAAACUAAAACCUGUUGAAGAAACAAAAACAACUGGACCAAAGGUCUUAGCAACUGUAGAAAAAAACAAAACAGAGCAAUUGUUAGAACAAAAAGUUGCAGUUGUUGAAAAAUCGAAAGAAGACGAGAAGAAAGAAUUAGUUCAAGAAAAAGUUACCUCCAAAUUACCUAGCAAAUCCAAAACUCAAGACAAACUUAUUGAGGAACUAAAACUAAAACAAUCCAAAGUUGAGCAGUCUUCAACAAGGACCAAAGAGUCUUUAACAGAGGUCAGACAGUCUAUAUCAGAACUCAGUCAGUCAAAGACUGAGUUUUCUUCUACAGAAGCUGCCGAGACUAGAACACAGGAAUCUUCUGUAGCCGUCACUAAAAGUAAAGCGUCACAGAAAACUGAAACCUCCAAAACAAAAACUUCUUUAGAAGAAAGAAAAUCUUCUUCUAUAUCAUCAGAAGAUACCGUAGUUCCUGCAUUCGUAGCACCAGUUGAAACGACAACCACCACCACUGAUAUCCAAAGAUCUGAUAGUGAAACACUCAAACAAAUUUCAACACCAGAAUCAGAUCCAAGUGAAGAUCAACAUAGUAGGCGACUUCAAGCAGUAGAACCUCUAAUCGAAAUCAACAAACCCAGAGUUUUAGAAGAGGCCAUUCCAUACACCAUUAAACCACCUCCAGAGAAAGUUCCUGGUAGUGCUAUCGAUAAACUUUACAGUGUUGAAAAAACUGGAGUAAGUGAUAUUGUUUUAACUGAUUUUAAAGUAGGAAUCGAAGUAAAUGUUGAAGUAGGGGACGAAAUGAGUAGAAAGUAUACUUCGUCAUCGAGAUCAGAAGGGGGUUAUGAGUCUUCAUACUCCCGAAGAGCGGGCUCUACAGAAGGCGGUUUGUCUAGCUCAAGAUAUAGCUCGGAGAUUAGUUCGAGCAAAUAUGGUACAGACUCUAGCCUCACCGGAAGAAGCAGUAAAUAUGAAAGCCUUUCUUCCAAAUACGCAAACAAAUAUAGUACGGAUCUUGGUGAUUCUUCAGCUUUAACUUCAAGCUACAGCUCUAGAAAAGCACUUGGUGGUGACGACGAUGUGACAUCGAGCUAUACAUCCCGCAAAGCACGUGGUGAAAGUGAGCUAACCUCAAGUUAUAGUUCCAGAAAGGCGCUCGGAGAUGGCGACAAUGACUACAGCUAUACAAGAAAGAGCAGAUAUUCAGUAGAUGAUGAUGACGGGGGUAGUAGUUACAGUUAUUCCAGGAAAGUAACUAAAGACGGAGACGAUGGUGACGCCUAUAGUUCCUACUCUAAAAGGUCUUCGAGAUCCCUCACAAGAACAGAAGGAUUAGGAGAUGAUGAUUCUUACACUUUCUCUAGAAGAAGUAUCAAGUCUAGAACAGAAGGUAUAGGGGACGGUGACAACUAUUCCGUGAGAAGAUCUAUAAAAACUUCAGUUGAAGGUACUGGUAUCGAACCAACUGAAACCAAUGAUACCUACAGUUAUAGCUCCAAGAGAGGUCUAGGCGCCGAUCUUGGUUCUAAAUAUUCGAUCAGAUCUGUAUCGAUAGAGGAAGAAAAAAGCGAUACGGACGAACUGCUAUCUAAAUACUCCAAAUAUGCUAUAAACAAGAAACUAAACGAAGAUGAGGAAGAAGACAAAUAUGCCAAAUACACCAGAAAAUAUUCGAGAAACGAAUCAAUAACUGAUAAAAAGGAUGAGGACGAGAACAAAUACACAAGAAAGUAUUCAAGAACCUCGUCUAGAGAACCUAAAAAGGACGAUGAGGAAGAUCCGUAUGAGAAAUACGCCAGAAAGUACUUGAGAAGAGAUUCACAGCUAGAUGAGCAAAAUAAAAGCAGAAGAUCAGAAUCACAUGAAAGAAAAUCUAGAUAUUCAGAUCAUGAAGGGGAAUCAACAUCGGUUAAAAUUUCCAGUGAAACAGAAAUAAAAGAAUUAUCAACCGGCAAGUCCGAAGUUUUAGUUUCGAAAGAAGUAAAGUCCGAAUCAUUUGUUCAAGAAUCAAUCGAGUCUGCAAAAUCUGAAGCCAAAGAGUCUAGAGCAGAAUCCAAGGUUGAACUAAUAGCGGAAGCUAAAUCUAUAGAAGCAGAUUAUCAAAAAUCAGAGAAAGUCUCACAGGAAGCUUCUGAAUCGGUCAGCAAAAAAUCAACAUCAGAGAAGUCUACUAAGGAAAGUUCUAAAAUGGCAGAAACCAAGUCAGAAAAGAAAGAGGUAAGCAAAACGACAUCUGUUGAAGCUACAAGCAUUCACGAGAAGUCUGCGGAAGAAAAAUUAGAAGAACUGGUGGAUGGACGACCCAAAUUUAUUCAAACUAUUCGUGGUACCAGCAUUGAACCUGGCGAAACUGCACAAUUUGGAAUAACUCUCAGCUCCAAACCUGCCUCUUUCGCUUGGCUGAAAAACAACAAGCCGAUUAGCAACGCAGAUUCAAGAAUCCAGGUCUCGUAUAAUGAAAAAACUCACGAGUGUAAACUGUCAAUCAAGGAAACAACUAAGGAAGACAGUGGCAUGUACAUAGCUGUAGCUAAAAACGAAAAAGGGGAAUCAACUUGCUCUGCGCAGCUUGUGGUGCAUGAACUAACGACCGAAGAAAGAGCUGCGAAGAGCAGCACUGAUAAACCAGAAUUUUUGGUAUCUAUGAAAAACGCAGAACUCUUAGAGGAAACAUAUCUUCGCUUCAUGGUAAAAGUUGCUGGAGAACCUCAUCCAGACAUUGCCUUUUUCAAGCAAGGGAAGAAAAUCCCAGAAAACUCAGAAAGAUACCAAAUUAUUAAAGAAAAGGCCCACAUUGGAUUUUACGAAUUAGUGAUUCCAGUUGUAAAGAAAGAAGAUGCUGGUGUAUACAAGUGUGUGGCUACCAACAAACACGGAGAAGCUUCUUCUGAAGCUAACUUAACAGUCACAGAUAACAAAAAGAUUUUCGAAGAAAUGCCAGAAGGUGAAAUCCUCCCAGCAGGAGAAAAACCAGUAUUCCACUGGAAGAAGGAUGGUCAACCCUUCGAGCCCGAGGAACGUUUUAAGGUUCUUAUGGGCGAUGAUGAAGACUCUCUAGCUCUGGUGUUCCAAAAAGUCAGACCAGAUGACGUGGGUCUCUACACUUGCGUGGCUCAAACCUCGAGAGGUCAUAUCAGUUGCAGUGCAGAACUGACCGUCCACGGAACAGUUAAUCAGUUGUUCAGAGAACCAGAGAAGCCCCAAUUGGUGGUGAUUAAGAAAGAUCCUGUUGUCAACGUUGGUGGAUCGGCUAUGUUGGAACUACAGGUCAAGGGAUAUCCUAAACCAAAUAUUAAGUUCAUGCAUGAAGGGAAACAAAUCGAGGCCAGUAAAAAGCAUAAGAUUCUUUAUGAGGAUGAAGAAAGUGUUUCUCUAGUUAUCAAAGACGUGGAAUCAUCUGAUGCUGGUAAAUAUACAUUUACAGCUGAAAAUGAACUAGGUAUCGAUACCGCUGAGAUGAAUCUAACAGUCAAAGCAAAUACUACACCUACACAAGAUUCAGAAGAGUGUUCCCUCACUCUUACGAUAGCACCACCAAGGAUCAAGACCAAACUGGAAGAUAUGUCCGUACACGCUGAUCAACAGCUGAAGAUAGAUAUCGAGAUCGAGGGAAUCCCCAAACCAACCGUUAAAUUCUACAAAGACGGCAAAGUUAUUAAAGAAAGCGAGAAUAUCAAAGUUGUGGAAUCUGGAGAGAAACUCACGUUAAUAAUCGAAAAAACGUCUCUUAAGGAUUCAGGUUCUUAUUCUGUGGUCGCAACUAACGAAAUGGCCCAAGUAUCGCAAUUCUGGAACCUGGAAGUAUACUCUAAACCCAAGGUGAUCCAAAAGUUGGGAGCCGACAGGCAACUGUCUCAAGGUCAAAAUCUAGAGCUCAAGGUUAAGCUGGAGUCUGAACCCAAGGCGGAAGUGAAGUGGUUCAAAGACGAAGAAGAAAUUAAGUCUAACGAACAUUACACUAUUAAAGAAGACGGUGACAGUUAUAUGCUCAAGAUAACAGGCGCAGUUACCACAGAUGCGGCUAGAUUUAAAUGUAGAGCUUUAAAUAUUCAUGGAAGCGUUGAUGAUGAAGUUAGAGUUGAUGUUAAGAAACCACCAAAGAUAAUUCAAGGACUUAGAGACAUGACUGUUGUAGAGCAUGAUAAAAACGUCUCGCUUGACGUCAAGCUUGAAGCUUUCCCCAAACCUACAGUCAAAUGGUAUUUGGAUGAAGUCGAAAUCAAAGAAACAAGAACAGAAUUUACCAGAAUAGAAUCUGAUGAUGGAGCUUCUCUGAUCAUAAAAGAAGUGACAAGCCAGCUGUCGGGACAGUAUACGUGCAAGCUCAGCAACGAAUGCGGAGGGGUAGAAACAAGUGCUAAAUUAACAGUUAAUUGUGCGCCACGAAUCAUCAAGCAUUUGAAAGAUACAACCGUCGAAGAAGGAUCCACGCUCCACCUGGAGGUAGAAGUGGAAGGCUGUCCGUCACCUACUGUCAAAUGGUUGAGGAAUGGACGUGAGGUAUCGGCAGACGCUCGAAUUAAGAUCACCAAAGACACCCAACGACAUGAGACGUUCAAUCUUGCCGUCAAUUUAAUCAAAUACGAGGAACAAGGGGAGUACGAGGUGAUCGUAACUAACUCGCUUGGAACUGUCAGCAGCAAGAGCAUAGUUACUGUACAUAAGGUAACACAUACUGACGCCAUUGAGGAAACCGAAGUUAUCGAAGUUCUCGAAAAACCUAAGGCUGCUAAGGUGGCAGAAAUAGAGGAGAAAAUAGAGGAGAAAGUGGAAGAUCCGAAGCAACCGGAAAUUGAGGACGUUGAAGAAAAGCCUAAAAAACCUAAAGGUUCUAAAGAGUCGAUCGAAGUCAAAGAAGCAGAAGUGAAAUCUCCAGAACCUAUAAUUGAGGAACCGCAAUCUCCAGUACCUUUGAAAAGAGCUAACUCAGGGAAAGUUGAAGAAGCAGAACAUAUUGAACUAGAUGCAGCGAAAAAUAAAUCAAAAGCUAUUGAAGAGAAGGAAGUAACAAAACCGAAACGUAAACAUGGUAUGUCUCUGACAAUCGAAGAAAUUACGGAGGAAAUAAAGUCAGAACCGACACCAGUUGAAGAAAAGAGUCUUGAAAAGAAGACCAAAAAGGCAGUAGCUGCUAGUAAAGAAGAUAUUGAAGUUUUAGACAAAGAUGAUGGUCUUACACCCAAACAAAGAAAACUUUCUGAAAUCGAACAAAAUAAGAAACUUAAACGGGGUAUUUCAGCUACUAAGGAAGACAUUGAUAUUAUCGAAGACGAAAAAUUGACUAAACCGCCUCAUACACCUGACGAAACUGAUCUAAGUAAAGAUCAAAAACGACCAAAGAAGGGUAUAAAGGCUACUAUAGAGGAAGUUCAAGAUUCAAAGAUUGACGAUAGCUCUAUGAAACAGAAAGAAGAAAAAGUUCUGGAACGGCAGCAAAGUCAGAAGGGAAAAAAAAUAUACGAAGAAGAAAUCGACGAGGAAACUGAAGAUUUGCUUAAGAAAGCCAAAAGACAAAGAAGCUUAGUGGAUGAUAUGUCAGGAAGAUUGUCUGGCGUUGAAGCUGAGCCUAUGAUUCUGGGAACCAACAUGAAGGACGGCUCCCGACCGGAAUCUCUCGACAUCACUUACAUCGUAAAAGGCUUCGCCAAUCCUCCUCCAGUGGCCACUUGGACUUUGGACGGCAAAGAACUGAAACCAGAUGGCAACUUAAGAAUGAAUAUCUCACAAAACGGUGAUGAGUACAAGUUGGAGAUCAAGAAGCUCGAAUUGAAAGACGCUGGCGUGUAUCAAUGUAUUUUGAGUAAUCCUGUAGGAAAGGUGGUACAGCAAGCAGUUCUAGAUGUCACACCUGAAAAAGAGUUGCGACGCCCUAAAAUAAAAGAAGCACUAAAAGAUCAAUCAAUAGUUAAGAAAACUACCGCAGCAUUUAAAGCUGUCAUUGUUGGUGAUCCUGUUCCAGAUAUCGCUUGGUGUAAAAAUGGAAAAGAGAUUUCAGAUGAAGAAUUUGAGAAACAGAAGGCUGUGCUUGAAUCGGAAGAUACUGAAAUUGAGGAUGGUCUUAAAGAAUGUACCUAUUCAUUGGCCCUUCCUAGAUGUGAGACAUCAGCUACCGGCAAGUACACAAUCAAAGCAAAGAACAAGUGGGGAGAAGCGGAAAGCAGCGCUCAUCUUUCAAUAGUGAUGCGACCUGAAAUCGAUGGUCCUCAUGACGUUAAGGUUGUUCCAGGAGACGCAACUGAGUUCACCGUCGUCAUCCAGGCCAACCCGGAGCCCCAAGUGGUCUGGACCAAAGACGGAGUCGUUGUCCAAGCUAGCGAUCUAAUUAAGAUCGUUGAAGAUAAAGUUAAUAAGACCUACAAGUUGGUGUUCAAUCAAGUUCUCUUGGGAGAUGAAGGGUACUAUAAGGUUACUGCUACAAAUGAAUUGGGAGAUGCUAGCUCUGAGGCUCGCCUUAAGACUAUUAAGGAAGCAGAACCAACUACCGAAAGACCAAAAUUCAUCACUGGAUUAGUCGAUGAUCAAGUUGAACAUAAAGGAGAAGUGACUUUGAUGGUACGAGCUGAUGGAUUGCCCAAACCAGAAAUACGUUGGUUUUUCAAUGGAAAACCAAUCACCGAGGACGACAACCGUAAGAUAGUCACAACUUCAGAUGCACAAGUUACUAGCAAACUGAUUAUUAAAAAUUUCGGCGAAUCGACAGCAGGAAUUUACAAAGCUAUGGCUAUAAAUGUGGUAGGAGAAGCUGAAACUACAUCAAGAGUGACGAUGCUCCAAACUCCUCCAUCAUUCGGUAAAAAAUUAGACAGAAACAUGGACGUGAACGAAGGCGAGCCUUUAGAACUUAAAGCUAAAGUCAACGGAAGUCCAAAACCAGAGGCAACUUGGUUUAAAGACGGAGAACCAAUCUCUCCUGACGACGAAAACAUUAAAAUAAGUAUCCUGCCCGAUGGAACGAUUAAACUAAAUAUCGCAAAAUGCAAGCCAUCCGACAGUGGGGCCUACAAAUUAGUCGUGAAGAAUCCAAAUGGCGAAUCAGCAUGUCUCUGUGCUGUAGCCGUUAUACCCAAACCCAAGAGGCCAACAUUCCUCAAAUGCUUUAAGGACGCGCAAGUACCUCUUGGCGAAAGUGUCCGCCUUGAAGCCAAAGUAGAAGCCUAUCCACCUCCAGAGAUCAAGUGGCUGAAAGACGGAGUCCCAGUCCGUGCUUCUUCUAACGUGAGGUUCGAGAAUUAUCCCGAUGGUAGGGUAGCGCUCGUUGUGGACGUCAUGAAACCAGAAACCGCCGGCAACUACAAACUGUUAGUGACCAACAAAUUGGGAGAGGCAAUUGGUGAGGCUAAGGUCGAGGUGGAGAAGAAACCAAUCAAGCCAGAGUUCAUUCAAAGACUUUUCCCUCAGACGGUCGUUGAAGGAUUCCCCGUUAAGUUGGAGGUUAAAGCUGAAGGUUUUCCAGCGCCCAAAAUUUCUUGGUUCCGAAAUGGUGCAGAGGUUAUCUCUGACAACAAACACAUCAAAAUUAUCGAACAACCUGACGGUUCCAGCGCUCUUUUCCUAGACUGCGCAGACAUUGCGCGUGACGCUCUUACAUACAAAGCUGUAGCCUCGAACGAAGCCGGAGAAUCUGACACUUCAGCUGCUCUGACUGUGAAAGAAGCUGCUAAACCAGGAGAACCAGAAGAGAGACCUCUGUUCCUACAUUCCAUUAAAAAUGUUAUCACCGAUGAAGGUCAACCUCUGGUGAUUGAAGCUCCGUUUACAGGAAAUCCCAUACCUAGCGCCGAAUGGACCAAAGACGGAGAACCACUUUUGCCUUCUGAAAGGGUCCUGAUGACUUGUGAUGGUAGACGGGUUGGUUUAAAAAUCGAUAAAGCUGUACCAUCAGAUGCUGGUGUAUAUGGAGUCAAAAUCAUUAAUCCAUUGGGUGAGGAUAAAACACAAGGAAAAGCUACAGUAAGAAAAGUAUUCAUGGCACCAUCAUUUACCCAGAGAUUCACUGAUCUUCAACAAUUACCAAACAGAGAUGCCAAACUACCGUGUAGAGUUACAGGCGUACCGCAACCCGAGGUCAUGUGGACCAAAGAUGGUCAACCUAUCAAAGAAUCUGACAAAUACCACAUCAAGCGGGACGGUGAUCUGUGCUGCCUGUAUAUUUUGGAUUGCCAACCUACUGACGCUGGCAUCUAUAGAGCUACUGCUGUUAACCAAGAGGGUCACGACGAUUGUACGGCAACUGUUGAAGUUGUGAAAGAAAUUAAAGCUGCGAAGAGGAUCGAAGCACCGGUCUUCCUUAAACGUAUCGGCGAUACAGAGCUGUACAAAGCAAUGACAGCCAAAUUCACCGCGUGCGCGUCUGGAAUACCAGAACCGACAGUGGAGUGGUUCCACAAUGAUAAGAAAAUAUUCCCAUCUACGCGAAUUAAAAUGGAUAAAGACACCGCUGGUUUGCUCAGACUGACAAUAUCAGGAGUUGAUGUAGACGAUCUCGGGAAAUAUUCAUGUAAAAUAUACAAUGAGCAUGGAAGUGAUAUUUGCCACGCUUCAUUGAAAUUCGAAGAGGGACUAGAACCUAAACCCAAACGCCCCAUCACGGACCAAUACACAGAUUUCGACAAGUACAAGAAGAGCGGAGCUCCAAUGCCCAUCUCAGAUCCUCCUAUUAUUUCCCAAAUGACAGACAGGCACUGUACUUUGUCUUGGAAGCCAUCAAUUCCUUCAGGUCCACGAGUGCCUGUUACUUACCAAUUGGAGAUGUGCGAACUACCUUCUGGUGAUUGGUUCACAGUCAGAUCCGGUAUCAGAAGUUGUACCUGUGGAGUAAGGAAUUUGGAACCAUUCAGAGACUACAAGUUCAGAGUUAGGGUGGAAAAUAAAUAUGGAAUCAGCGAUCCAUCGCCGUAUGCAAUCACCCACAGGGAAAAGUUAGAGCCAGACCUGCCCAAAUACCGGCCCUACCUUCCUCCCGAGAUCGAUUUCCGCCCAGAAACAUCUCCCUACUUCCCCAAAGACUUCGAUAUCGAAAGACCUCCCCACGAUGGCAUGGCCCAAGCUCCGAGAUUCUUGCGCCAAGAACACGACACCCAAUACGGUGUCAAAGACCAGAACACUAACUUGUUCUGGUACGUGUACGGAUACCCGAAACCGAAGAUGACUUAUUACUUUAACGACGAACUUAUUGAACCAGGAGGUCGAUUCGAUAUGAGCUACACUAGAAACGGGCAGGCUACGUUGUUUAUUAAUAAAAUGUUGGAGAGGGAUGCAGGUUGCUACGAAGCAGUGGCGAGAAACGAACACGGAGAAGCACGCCAAAGGGUCCCUUUGGAAAUUGCCGAAAUACCCUACUUCAUUAGAAGACCAGAAAUCGAUUACUCAAUGCUAAGAGGUAAAUCCAAAUUCGAAGCUAGAAUCAUCGGUGUACCAUAUCCUGAAAUUAAAUGGUACAAAGACUGGAAACCUUUGGCACCAUCAAGCAGGAUUAAGAUUGCAUUCAUCGAACCUGAUAUAACAGUAUUAACAAUCCACGACAUCAUUCUGAAAGAUGAAGGCUUGUACUCAGUGAGCGCCCGCAAUGUCGCAGGGUCUACGUCCGCUAGUGCGAUGUUGUAUGUUGAAGAGAACGAACAAGAUUACAAGAUGAGAAACUACUCCAACAUAUCGCCAAUCAAAACUAAGAAACGUAUUUACACCGACUUCUACGAUAUUGGUGAUGAAUUGGGACGUGGUACUCAAGGAAUUACAUCACAUGCUGUUGAGAGACUAAAUGGUCGCAAUUAUGCUGCUAAAGUAAUGUACGGAAGUGGCGAUUUCAGACCAUUCAUGUACAAUGAACUAGACAUGCUCAAUGAGCUGCGUCAUAAGAAGUUGAUCUCGUUGCACGAAGCAUACGAAACCGAAGAUUCAUUGGCACUCAUCUUAGAAUUAGCUUCCGGAGGAGAAUUGGUUAGAGAUUAUCUCUUGAAGAUGGAUUAUUACACAGAAAGCGAUAUUGCUGGAUUCAUCAGACAGCUGCUUCAGGGCCUGGACUACAUGCACGAUAGAGGCUACGCACAUAUGGGCCUUGACUUGGGAGAUCUCCUUAUUUCCCAUCCAGGCGGUGACGAUCUAAAGAUAACAGACUUCAGUCUCUCCAGAAGGAUCCAACAUGGCAAUUUCUACCCUCUAAAAUACGGAAUGCCGGAAUACGUCAGUCCUGAGGUAGCCAAUGGCGAUGGAGUUGGAUAUGGUCAAGAUAUGUGGAGCGUCGGUAUCAUAACUUAUAUCCUCCUAUCAGGAAGAUCUCCAUUUAGAGGAGAAAACGACAGGGAAACCCUGACCAACAUUAGGGAAGGAAGAUGGAGUUUCUAUGAUGAAUGGUGGUCGAAGAUCAGCCUCGAAGCUAGAGAUUUCAUCAGCAAGUUGUUGGUAUACGAUGCUGAGGGCAGGAUGGAUAUAAGGGGUGCUUUAAGACAUCCUUGGUUGGAAAGAGCCGAUAAGAAGUAUACAGAUGAGUUCCAAAUUAGAUCUAAGUAUCUUAGUGACUACUGGAGGCUCUACAGAGAAUGGUACGACAACGCCUCAUGUAGAAGGUGGUUCAGACGUAGACCUCUCGAAGGAGCUUUCACUCAUCCUUCCAAGAUGGUAUAUCCACCAGGUGACUACGAUUCGCCCAGAGGCACUCCAGCACCUCUAGAUAAAACACCAAGAGUUCCAAGAACUUGGGAAGACCAGUUGCCUACUAGGUCACCUCUUAACUAUGAAAUUGGUGUUAUUAAAUCAGAGAGUCAUUACCAAAAUGGUCCAGACACAUAUUUGCUUCAACUAAGAGAUGUUGACUUCCCAGUGCGUCUUCGUGAAUACAUGAAAGUUGCUGCUAUUCGCGGUCCAGGAUCCGGUUAUAUCCUCUCAGACGAAAAUGGAUACGAUUGGGGAACACCUAUUAUUCGAGAACGACGAAGAUUUACUGACAUUAUGGAUGAGGAAAUUGAUGACGAAAGGAAAGCUCGCAUCAACAGAUACGGCUCCGUCGAAAGAGAACCGACAACCAGAAGAAUUAGACACGAAUUGGGAUCACGUUUAGAUGCAUACGUGGAAGCUGAGGCCUUCCUUGAAGCUAAACAAGAAGGACGUUUGCCAUUCUUCAGAGAAAAACCAAGUCUGGCUGCAAUGACAGAAGGUCAAGACCUCGAAUUGACGUGUUUAGCAGUUGGCGAACCACAACCGAUAGUCCAGUGGUUCAAGAACGACUCCAUAGUGGCAGAAUCACACAGAAUCAAAAUCUUUACGGACGCAGACGGUAGAUCGCAUUUCAAACUAACCCCAGCCCUUAACUUUGAUCAAGGAUUGUAUAAAGUCGUAGCUCGUAACAAAAUUGGACAAGUGGUAUCUAGAACCAGAAUAGUUCUGGGUCUGGUACCAGAUGAACCAGAUAGUCCUGAAGCCCAGCAAAUGUCUGAUACUGAGAUUUUGUUAACCUGGAAACAACCAAGAUUUGAUGGCAAUGCUGCUGUAAUAUGCUACAGCUUGGAAUAUAAGGCAGCGGAUGAGUUGGACUGGAUUAAGAAGGCUGACAAUAUUGAUCAUGAGUUUUAUUUGAUAUCUGGUCUGGAGUCGAACAAGAGCUAUAUAUUUAGAUUAGCAGCGAAGAAUUCGAUAGGCUGGAGUGAUCCUGGAGUACCUUCUGCGCCGGUUACUACUAAACCUUCAGGCUCACCAAAGAUUCAACUAAGCAAAGCAAUGUUACAUCUCCAACAACUUACAGACAGUGGAAAAGAGGUGGACGAGGAAUCCAAAACACGCUUGGAUUAUAAAUUAGAAUCAUCUCCAGUGGAAUGGGAGGACUCUAAUGUUCAACAGGAAUAUAACUUCAUUUCUGAAAUAGCGAGGGGCAAAUUCUCGGUGGUACUUAAAGGCGUCGACAAACGCAAUGAUACUGUCGUCGUAGCGAAAAUUUUGGACUACAAUGACAAAACCAGAGAAGACGUUGAGGGUGAAUUCGCAGCAUUAAGAUCGCUCAGACACGAGAGAAUAGCCAGUCUUCUAGCAGCAUAUCGCACCAACGGCACUGCUGUAUUUAUUUUGGAAAAGCUUCAAGGCGCCGACAUUUUAACAUAUUUAGCAAGUCGACAUGAAUACACUGAACAAACCGUAGCUACAAUUGUCUCACAGAUUCUGGAUGGUUUACAAUAUUUGCACUGGAGAGGACUAUGUCAUUUAGAUUUGCAACCAGACAAUAUUGUAAUGUGCGGUGUGAGGUCUGUUCAGAUCAAGUUAGUUGAUCUGGGAUCAGCACACAGGGUUACCAAACUAGGCACAGAUGUUCCAGUUGUUGGCCAUCCCGAUUAUAUAUUAUCAGGUGUAAAGGUUCCCGUUGUUGGAAAUCUUGACUAUAUUUCACCUGAAGUAAUAGCUGAAGAACCCGCAUUCCCACAAUCUGAUAUUUGGACAGUAGGUGUCUUAACAUACGUAAUGUUAUCCGGAACGGUACCGUUCCGUGGUCAAGACGAGAAUGAAAGCAGGCAAAACAUCUUAUUUGUCCGCUACAGGUUCGAAAACCUAUUCCAGGAAGUCACACAAGAAGCCACAAGGUUCCUGAUGCUUCUCUUCAAACGCCAUCCAAAUAAGCGGCCAUCACCUGAGGAAUGCCACGAAAAUCGCUGGUUACUACCUACCGAUUACAUGAUCAAGAAACGAGAAAGAGCAGUUUUCUUGGGCCACAGGAUUAAAGAAUAUUCCGAAGAAUACCACAGCGCACGAGAUCAGUCCGCGCAGCAAUCGCAGAGCUCAUCCGGAGUCAAACUGAUCCGAUCACAGAGUAUACAAGAAGAAUUAUUGACUGCACCCUAGCAACUUUAGGUUCUUAAUAUAUAUGUAAAUACUGUUUAUAUAUUUCUAUUGCUGAAUAAUUUCAGAAACAAUUUGACAUGUUGGAUUUAUAAUUAAAAAAUUCAAAAUUUAUCUAAAAAAAUCAUUGUUGACAAUACAACUAGUUAUGAAAAUUACUUAUUGUUAUAUCUCAUUAAGAUACUGAAAGUUUUCUUUUAAUUUACAACCAUUUUAUUUUUCUUUUUGUUCUACUAAUAAAGUGAUAUGAUAAA